AUGCCAAACUUAACGCCAAUAUUUCAGAGGUAUGUUGCCGUCAUUGAUGAAUCUAGAAAAUUACAGGAUGGUAUAGAUGAUCAUGUUGAAGAAAAACAAAAGCACUUGGGGGGUUCUAGUGACAUACAUGAAAUAGUCAACGAUUCGUUCAUAAAAGAAUGUGCUAAGCUAUUGAAGUAUCUCAUCGAAUUAAAAAAAGUAAUAAAACAGAUUGAAAAAAACUAUUUGGACGAUUUGAAUAUGAGUGAUGCAGAAAAAGAUGAGUUUGACAUGGAGUGCCGGCUACAAAUUCAACAGUAUUUUAAAAAAUUUGAAUUUCUGGAAAAUUAUGAAAUGGAAAGGCACAGUUUGUUGUUGAAAAAGUUUCAAUCAAAGCCUCACAGGUGGUCAAGUCUUCUUUCCAAUAAAAAUGACAGCAGUAAACAUGCAAUGCAUCCCCAAGACAUAGAAAAUGGCGUCCAUGAAUUUAGACUAGGUAUCCUUCGCUGUUUAAAUUUGUGGAUAAAAUAUGUUUCUUCUGAAUUCACGACAAUUCAACAAGAGAGGUUGAUAUUAGAGGAUAAGAUGAACUUUAAUUCGACGUCUCUUCCUCCUUUAUCUAACGAUGGAGAUGAUUUUUCUGCUGAUACGAUGGACAUUUCAGUAUCACAGUCUGCUCCCGUAGAGACAGUGCAAGAUGAGGUAAGGCAUUACGAAGAGACGAUAUCCAAGCUAACCCAAGAGCAAUUACAAGUAUUGGAGACAGAACAUUCUGAAUUAUUAAAUCAAAAAAAUGAGCAAUUGAAAAAGGUAGAGACCAUAAAUAAAACAAUCCUAGAUAUAGUCAAUAUACAGAACGAAUUGUCUAAUCACUUAACAGUACAGUCUCAAAAUAUUAAUUUAAUGCUGGAUAAUCAAGAUGACAUUGAGGUGAAUAUUAAAAAGGGAAAUAAAGAACUACAUAAGGCAAAGAGAGCUGCCGGAAGAACUGCCAAAAUGACCACUUAUGGUGCCAUCAUCAUGGGUAUUUUUAUCUUGCUUCUAGAUUAUGUAGGUUAA